GUAUUUAAAAAAAGCGAACGCACUCAAACUUUCUAAAUGUCAGUUACGGCAAGACCUCGAAACUUUCUAGUUUUUCUAGUUUUCUUCUAUGAAGUUUCGCCUGGGGCUAUUAAUUAGAUCCCAUAUCCGGCGCGCGUUCUAAUUCUUUUACAACUUACGAUGAGUAUUUAACAAAGCCAGUGUCAGUGAAAAUGGUGCCCCAACAGCAAAGAAGAAGGAGGAGAAGGGCCGCUUUGGUUCGAACUUCGGAGCGUCGUGUUGUGGUCGCGAGAGGCCCUGGAGGGUUUGGGUUUACUAUAGCGGGGCAGCGGCCUUGUGUAGUGUCUGCCGUAGCGGCUGGAGGGCCGGCGGAGCGGGCUGGUCUGCGCGCAGGGGACGCUUUGAUUGCUGUGGACGGGGCGAACGUAGCGCGAGCUCCUCAUGCCUCUGUGGCUCGGCUGGUGGCAGCAGCGCCGGGGGCGAUCGCUUUGAGCGUGGCGCCGCGGGAGGCUCCGCCGACGGACACGGAGGAUACUGAGCCAGAUGAGCGGGCGCGGACUAGGCGGCGGCACCCACCGCCAAGGCGCCGCCCGCAGCCUACUAUGCUACACCACCCAGCAUGCCACGCUCCAAGCACAUCCAACGACAUCCUUCAACUCAGCCGCGCGCACCUCACGCCGGCCCAGGCCGCGCGCCUCGAGUGCCGCGCCGUCGUCGGCUACCUCGGCACCAUCGAAACCCCCAGCGCCGCCGCCAGCACUGCCCCUGGCAACGUCCGCUCCGCUGUACGCAAGCUCAGACAGGAACGACGACCAGCCACACCUGUGUUAUUAUCUGUGUUACCUAACGCGUUGAAUCUUAGACGCCCAGGCGGACAGAUCCUUGCCCAAUAUCAAAGAGAAAGAAUACUCUACGCUGGAUGCGGCUCAGACGCUGACAGAAGAUAUUUUGGACUUGUAACGGCAGCGGAAACCGAAGAAAACCUCGAAGCGUCACAUAGCUGCCAUGUUUUUGCUGUAGACCCUAGAAUGGCUGAGCAUGAAGCGCAUAUACCUCGAGCUAGAGAGUUCCAACUAACUUGUACUAGAGAUGCGGUAGCUGAGAGGUGUUUAGAGUUCCCACCGUCAGCGGAGUAUGUAGUUGGAGUUGUCAAAGGAAUGUACUCCUUACCGGCUGAUGAUAACAGCCCAAAUCUCGCGCAGAUAUCUAAGCUAGCUAUUAAAGGCGAUAGUCCCGCGUUUGGUAACUUCUCUAGAUGCAAUAGAGCCGUUUUUAGAGUGCCCAGAGAAAGACGGCCGUGUAGGCACGAUGAUAGACUAGAAAGGCUUGAAGGUCAAGAAUUCAUCGCUAACUCUCCACAGCCAAGUAAUCAUAGCGAGAUAACGACUACGUCUUCUAACAGUGAUUCUGGUAUAGGCUUUCAUAAUGACUGUAGGAAUAUUGCUGACCGGAUAUUGGUAGUUGAUUUCGCUGGGCCACAACCUCCGGUGAACAGGUUUAGACAGGAGAUGCCCAGGCGUCCUUUAGGGCUGGUUGGCUGUAGUUUCGAAGAUGGUUCCUUCCUGUCUAACACAACUCCUGUAGUAGAUGGCUUUGCCGGACAAGGCAGGCCGUUGAACUCGGAUGAUGUGCUUAACUCUGAUCUCCAAGCGAGACACGUGAGCCCUAGAAGUGAGGAGGAUAAUUACAACUACAAUGCGUAUGGUGUUGCUUCAACUUCGGGCUCUAGGAGUUUCCAGAAUGGAGUAGUGUAUGAUCAGGUGUACACAGAACCAGAAACACACCACUACGAGCUCCCAGACAUCCAACUAGUUCGCGUAGCCGAAGCUUUCAACUCUGUCGAAAUAUACGAAGAAAAAGACAAGCCUGCUUUCAACUCUGUUGAAAUAUAUGAAGAGAAUGUCUCCGACAAACCUUUCUAUUCUGUUGAAACAUAUGAAGAGAAACAUUCUGGGAAUACUUUUAAUUCAGUUGAGAUAUAUGAGAAGUCAGUUUCCGACAAGGCUAGCAUGGAUAGCAUGUCCAUGUCGGAGGCGAGACCGAUGGGGAGGAGACAGGCAUCGUUGGAUGAUAUACUUGUACUAGGCCGCCCGCCUAAGAAUGAUGAUGAUCAUUUUGUGCAUCCAGCGACUGUGAAAAGCAAGGUCCGCAAAAUAAAACCCCUGAACCUACUCUCAAAAACGAAGCACAUCCUCACUGGGCGAGAACGAGACAAAAAACUGGACAGAGAAAGAGCACGCGCGCUCAGCGCGAGUGCGGGCGACGUUGCCGCUCCGGGCGCCGCGCCGCACGAGCUGCCGGGCGCCGCUAGCGAGCCCGACUUGAGACAGAGCGAGCAGACGUCACCGUUCCGGCGCUGGACGACGGGCAGCGGCGCCGGCAGCUCCUACCGCCACCAUCACGACCCGCGCGCCAUGUAUAAUAAGCAAAUAAGCGAGGGCGCCGCGCCAACGGUGCCUGGAGCGGGCGGCGUGGCGCGCUGGUCUUUAGGUCUUGAACAAUUGCUGGCAGACCCAGCGGGUGCUGCGGCAUUCGCGCAUUUCCUGUCUAAAGAGUUCGCUGCUGAGAACAUUAGAUUCUGGUGGUCCUGCGAGCAAUACGCCGCGGCCCCUGAGUCCGCGCGCGCGGCCCUCGCCCAAGAGAUCUGGUCGCGACAUCUCGCGGAAAAGGCCCCCGAACCCGUCAACGUGGACGCGGCUGCGAGGAGAGCCACUGAAUUAAGGAUGCACCAGGCUCCAGCACCUCAGGACCUGUUCCAGCAGGCCCAAAAGCAGAUCUUCAACGUGAUGAAGUUCGACUCGUACCCUCGUUUUUUACGCUCCGGCGUACAUGCGGAAUGCGCAAGGGCAGAUCUGCGUGGUUUGCCGGCUCCAUACGCGCCGAGAGCGACGCAGCCUGACCCCCCAACUCCUACAAAGUGUUUUGACGUUGAACAGCUGAAGAAGUCGGCCUCCAACGCGUCGGAGCGGCGCCGCAGCGGCGGCUCGCUGCUGCCGUGGCGCCUGCGCGCCGGCUCCCGGGACCGCGCUCCGGACCACAAGCCUAUUACUGAUCUCGUAAAAUCCAACAUGUCCGGCCAAUGCUCGCUCUGUCGGGUCGUCCUCCCCGACGGCGCGUCGUCGGUCGUCGGCGUCGACGCCGCGCUCACGGUGCGGCGGCUGGUCGAGAGGCUGCUGCAGCGGCUCAACCUGCCCUGCCCCAACUAUGACGUCAUCGUGAGAGACGAUCAGGGUGAAUGCUCAACCAUCGACCCCUCCCAACCGUCCACGGUCCUAAGCGGGCGCGAGGCCGUCGUUGAGCGACGCUGCGUCGUCCGCGUCGAGGUCGCGGGGAAGGUCGUCGCUGUGCGUUGUCGGCCUCAACGCCGCGCCGCGCACGUGUUGAGGCCGGUGUUGAGGAGAUACCUGCCGAGGGCCUCGCGGUACAGACUGUUGAGGGACGCUGCGCCUUUACCACUGGAUACACCUGUUCAGGAGUUAGAUGGUGCGCGACUCCUGAUACUAGAAAUACCGGGGGGUGAAGAAGUAACCGAGGUGGAGUGCGAGUUGAGUGCUGAUGACGAGUUGGACUCGCUCAGCGAGUUGGCGCUGCGGCUGCACGAUGAUAACGCCGAUGCUCAGGUAACAUACUAGAAAUACCGGGGGGCG